AAUAUUUCGUUGCUGAAUCGGGCUGUGCAAAACUGCAAACCGAUGACAUAAAAGCAGGAAAGUGAUAACCGAAAAACGAAAGCUCUUCUCUGACAUCUUCUCGCUUCCUCUCAGAUUCCUUGUCUGAAUUUCCGUAUUUGCAACCGCAAAACGGUUCGUUUCAUUGAAUGGUUUAGAUCCAAGUCUAACGAGUUCCCACUUUUUCAUUUACCUCAGAGGGUUAGUAAGGUCAUUCAGAACCCCCUUGGCAUUUUGCAUUGGGGUUGCUUAUAGAAAGAAAACAAGGGUUGGAUUACGGACGGUUGAAUGAAUGUUUGAGGGUUUGGUCUUUUGCUUUUACUCAUCCAGUGGAGCCCUUUACAAGGUAAAAUGUGCAUAAGAAUAGCAAGUUGAUGGCAGCAGCAGAAGCAAGGGCUGUGUGGCAGAGAGCAGCUAAUCGUUGUUUCGUCCAAGAGGAUGCCAAAAGAGCUCCCAAGUUAGCCUGCUGCCAAUCCUCGUCUUCGACAACUAGGCAGGUUGAUGCUGGGCCUGCAACUGGAGCAGAAGGGCCAGAUCAUCCCGCCGCUGGUUUCAUGCCUAUCAACCGGAAUCCAUAUUCUAGUCGACCCCCCGAUACAAGAUGGUGGCUGCAACCUAGCUAUGGGUACCAAAAUGAUUUUACAUACGAACAGUUAAAUGCAUUGGAGGCUGACAUGGAAACACUGAAAGCUGGGUUCGUGAUAUCAACAACCAACACUAGCGAGGUUCACCAGCAAAAAGCAGAAUUCGCUGAUGCGGAUAGUAUCUCCGCUGUUUGUAUGAAGACAGAUUACGAGGUCCAAAAGCAAGAUGUAAACGCCAAAUAUUGUGAAAACAUGCAGGAACUUCUCCAAUAUGAAAUGAAGGAAAAAUGUGAAAUAAUGGUGAUGGAUACCAUUGAUUGCCCAGUUUCCAAGAAACCCAAGGAAUUUAGUUGUGACUAUCCUUGGCUUGGAGGUGGGAGGGCUGAACCGUGGUGGCGGACAACGGACAGAGAUGAAUUGGCUUCCUUGGUUGCUCAGAAGUCGCUUAACCAUAUUGAGAACUGCGACCUCCCCCCACCUCAGAAAAUGUAUCUUAAGAGACAUCCAUAUGCUGAUAUUGGAUGUUCCGACCCGAAUGUGAUGUUGGGGACAUCUUUAGAUGCGAAGGCCCAGGCGAAUGAUCUUUCCAAUAUGACUACUCCUACACAUGGCUAUCCAGAAUCUGGAAAGGGAGAAGCAUCCGGAGAAGGGCACUCCGACAAGUCAUUCAGAGACGUCAUGGAGAUUCAACAACCUUCUGAGGGUGAGCCUACAAAAGCUCAGCUAAUGGAGGCUCUCUGCCAUUCUCAAACACGUGCAAGGGAAGCUGAGAAGGCAGCAAAGCAAGCUUAUGCCGAGAAGGAGCACAUCUUUAAGCUCUUCUUCAGACAAGCCUCUGAACUCUUUGCCUAUAAGCAGUGGUUCCGAUUGCUGCAGCUGGAAAGCCUUUAUCUCCGUAUCAAAAACAAUGACCAGCGUCCAAGCACCACUGUUUUCCCGAAGGGACUUCCAUGGAUGCCAUCCAAAGGCAAGAAACUGCGGAGGAGCCAGCGUAAGGGUGCCAAGGGUAAAAGAGGAAGGAGGGCCGAACCCAGACACGACAUUACAACAUAUGCUGUUGCUUUUGCAUUGGGGUUCGGUCUUGUUGGUGCUGGGUUGCUCCUGGGAUGGACUGUGGGUUGGAUGUUACCCCAUUUCUAGGCUGUGUGGUAGUUCUGAGUUCUGACCAAUUCAUGCUUCUUGUAAUGAUUGUUUAAAAGGGAAUAGGUAUUUUGGGUUAGUUUCUUUUUUUUUCUGUGUAUUUCGUGCAGGUUAUUCGUAGUUUUCAUGUGUAAAUAUACCCCGAUGUACGUGUAUAAAUACUGUGAGGACGGAUGAGAUUUUGCAUAAAUUUGGUUGUUAUUCUUCCA